CUCAUUUAUUUCACGGUGACAAAAAGCGUUCCUUCAAACUUGUCAUUUAGCUAGCUCGCUAACUUUUGUUUGGCGCUGAGGUUUUUUAACUAAUGUCACUUUUCUUAGUUGAGUGGUUACAAGCCAACACAGUAGGAUAACUAGCUUGUUAUGGUAGCUUCUCGACUGCUGUACUGGGUGUGUAGUAGCUACUUAAGUCAGCUAAUAACACCUGAAACGCAUGUCAGUUUUCAUGGCUGUGGAUGCUUAGUAACGCCCAAGUGAUCCCUGAGUUCAUUAUGCUUCGGAGGGAUUUGAAGUCGUGCGCGGUCUUCACCACCAAAACUGCUGCUAACUUGCUUUGGUGACUGGCAGGCUUGGUAUAUUCACACCUGUGGGGGUGGACUAGCUAUGUCAGUUUUCAUAUUUGUGCUGAGGAAGAUGCGGUGGAAGAGCAUGGAUACCUACCCACAUCAUAUCCCCAAGUUUCACUGACGAGAAGUGCAUCCCUUGCUCAUGGAUGUCUGCAAUAAGAACCCCAAUCGCACAGCCCCUGUGAGCGAAGGAGGACCAAGACGAGGAGAUUUGCCUCUGUGUUCGCGCACCAACGGGUGGAGCUGGCCCCCACACCCCUUCCAGCUGCUCGCUUGGCUCCUGUACCUCUACUUCGCCAUCACCGGCUUUGGUGUCUUUGUCCCACUGUUGCCCACUCACUGGAUCCCUGCCGGCUACAUUUGCACGGGCAUCACGUUUGUGUGUCAUCUGUUUGUCCACCUCAUUGCUGUCUCCAUUGAUCCUGCAGACUACAAUGUUCGGGCAAAGAGCUAUAAAGGGCCCAUGCCCGUGUUUGACCGCACAAAACAUGCCCAUGUCAUUGAGAACUGCCACUGUUACCUCUGUGAAGUCGAUGUGGGUCCAAAAUCGAAACACUGCAGUGCUUGUAACAAGUGUGUGGCCAGCUUUGAUCACCACUGUCGAUGGCUGAAUAACUGUGUGGGCAGCAGAAAUUACUGGCUUUUCCUGAACAGCGUAAUAUCUGCCUUGCUGGGUAUAUUUUUGGUCGUGAUCAUCGCUAGUUACGUCUUUGUCGAGUUCUUUCUGGAUCCAUCGAAACUUCGAUCGGACAAGCACUUUCAAGUGAAGAAUGAGUCUGUGGUGUGGUUUGUGUUUCUCCCCGUGGCCCCAGUCUCCACUGCAGGUCCAGCCAUCCCUGCUCUGGCUGGCAUCACCAUAGCUCUUGGCUUACUGUCUGCCCUGCUCCUGGGCCAUCUACUCUGUUUUCAUAUUUACCUCAUGUGGAACAGAUUGAGCACUUAUGAGUAUAUUGUCCGCCAGAGACAUCGACAGGAAGCCAAGGAGUCCAGUAAAAGGCCCUCGGGCAGUGAGGUUGGAGCUCCCAAAAUAAAUCUCAUCAAGGAGGUGAAUUACUCUGGAACGCUGGGCUACACAAACCCUGAGAUGGAUGUGGAGGAUCCAACCACGAUGAGCUCGCGUGGAGCUCCAGAGUUCUACGCCAACGGGAGAGUGAAGAGUUCCUCCGAGAGGGUGGCCGACGAAGACCUCCUACCCACCGUCUCCUCAGAGCACGUACUGACCCCUCGCCCCCCCAAACACACACAGAAGAAGAAGAAGAAAGUGCGUAAAAUCCCUGCUGAGGUCAUUAAUGACCGAACCACUGAGACCAGCGCCGGCAGAACCACAGCCCAGCACUCUGCAGAGCAGGAGCCCUCCGUAGCGGCCAGCACUGUGACGUCCUCCCUGAGCCAACGCCUUCCCUUCCCAGCCUUCCCUCUGCGGGUGUCCCUGCCUCCCCUCGCCCCGGUGCAGGCUGCAGGUCCUCCUGCUGAGUAUCACUCUGACUCCGCAGAGUCUCUGGAGGAGAUCCCCGUGGCGCUGGCGCGGCUGGGAAGCGCGGCCGUGGUCGGGGCGUCGGCCGGCAUCUCCGCCCACACCGCUGCCGCUUCCUCUUCCUCCUCCUCCUCCCAGCAUGCUUUGGCCUCACCCGCGGCAACCCAGACCGUCCCGUCCCCCCAGCCCAGGACCAAGAGGAAGGCGGCGGCUCGGAAGGCGACGGCUGAACAGAAGUUCGAGAUGUCUCCCCAGCAACCCUCUGUGUUUCUGAGUCCCAGCAGCGGCGAGCCGGUCCUACCCCUGGAAGGCAACGGCAUCGAGGAGAAGCCCGCCGCCCCUGUGGGAAAACGCAAACAAACCAGCAAGAAGCGGAGCCUGGAAGAGCACAGACCCAACUCCAGGUCAGACAACCCACCGACGUAACGCUGCCUUCCCCAGGAUAGAACCUCUCACCUGGGCUGAACUCACAAGACUCUAAGGGUCCAUCUGGGUCUUACGGAAGUGUCAUAAGCUAAAAGAGAAUUGAAUUGCUGCUUUGGAAAUGAAUGAGCAUCCACAGCGACUAUCCAAGAUGUAGCAUUUGAAGCAUUUAACACAGCCUAUGCAAACACUACAGAAGACUAGAGAUGGGAACUUGAUACGUGGAGCUUUCACUGGAAGUCCUUUUUCUCACAAGUGCUGUGUAAAGUUUUAUGACAUUCGUCACUACAAAAAAAUAUUUCAAGUUACCACUACAACUAGUUAACACUUCAUUUACUCCAUAAUAAUUUCUCAUAUCAAUAGCACUGCACAAAUACUGUUUUACUUAAUUUAACAAUGCUUUUUAAAAAGAAAAAAAAAUCAACUAUUUAUUCAUAUUUAAUGCCAAAGGUUAUGUGUUGUGUACAAUCUUUUUAAAUUGAUAAACGCCUGUUUGACUGUU